AUGGUUGCGCCAGCCGUGCCAGAGCUCACAGAGGAGAUUCUGCACGAAUCGCUCGAUGCGCGAACCGAGUCGCUAGCCGCUCUCCGGGAGCUUGGUCCCCCCGACCUGGUACACCUCGUCAAGCAGGCCGCGCGGAAUCAGGGGCGACAAACGGGCAUCUACCACCAUGUGACGGGUGUCGAUGCCUCGUCCUCGGCCAGUCUCGCGGCCUACAUCAACACAUUGACCUACAAGGAACAUGCGCCGAAUGCGACGGCCAAAAUCGUGGAGGGCGUGUACUGCUGCUACAACGCCUUCUCCCGGUUGGACAUGCGGAUACACGUCACCAUCCCCGGCACAGUCGAGAGCUUCUGCGUUGACGAGCGGGGCGAGAAGAGGAAGGCAACAGACGAUCUGUGGCUCGAGACGUAUCUCUGUAGUGUGCUGAGGGCGUACUCCUACGCCGACGAUGGCAGCGGUGACACGAUCCGCAAGAUUAUGGGUGUGCGCAGGUUCAACCCUGUCACGAACACGGAGACGGAGCACAGGUUCUUGCAUGCAGCUGAGCAGCUGUUCUUCAGGGGGUGGCAGUUGGGGUCAGACUCGGUCGUUCAGGUGCCGACCAAUGUCUCGAAUCACUUGACGGCUGGAAUCCUGAAGUAUCUGCAGACGACGGGUCGGUACACCUCCGGCAUCAAUCUGUUUGAAAAGCUGCGCUCACAGAGUGUUGAGGUGUCGUCACUCCUGUCCAAAGUGCUGUUCAUGGGCAACGAGGAGGUGAUGGGCGUCCGGACCCUCUACCAGUCGUUGCAGGACACCCCCAUGGACUACGUCAUGCUCGACACGCAGGCCGAGUUCUUGCUCAACAAGGCACAGACAGCGGCGACACCCGAGCUGAAAGACGAGCGACUGCAAAUGGCUCUCCGCUGCGCAGACCGCAGCACGAUUGCGGCGCCUAGCGAAUUCGGCACGUGGGCUCGUCUGGCACAGGUCUACGUGGCGAUGGAGGACUGGGAGAACGCGUUGACGAUUCUCAACUCGUGCCCCAUGUUCACCUACCAGGACAAGGAUACGCCCGUGAUGCCCGAACCGAAGGAGGUGCACCUGCCCACGCUGCCGGAGACGCGCCUCGAUGAGAUUGACAGCGAGCCCGAAUCGAGAUACUCCGAGCAGGUCGAUCCCAGUCUGCUUGGCCUGCGGGCAGCGUCGUAUAAGGGAACCUUUAAGCAGGCGUACAGCAUCCUGACGGAGAUGACGGCCAAGAUCGGUUGGGACCAGCUUCUCAAGAUCAGGAGCAAUGUGUUUGUCAUGGAGGACGAGUACCGGACUGAGAAGCAAGAGGCAACGGCGACGGCUAACAAGCGCAACUCCAGUGUAGACGGCAUUCGCGAGCCCUCUGACGCAACCGCUAAUGGUGACGAAGAGUCAGAGGAGGAGAAGGAGGAGGACGCCGAGUCGACUGCGCGCACACUGGCGCCCAACGACCCCAGCGAAGACGUGGAGAAGCCGCUCAGCACAAUCGACCCAGGAGAGGUCAAGGCGGACACGGAUAAUGCUGCCAACGACGAGCACCUGUCGAAACUCAACACCAAGCGCCUCUGUGAGCGCUGGCUGGACAGCCUGUUCAUGGUGCUCUACGAAGACUUGCGCGUCUACACCAUAUGGCGCACACAGAUGGCACAGUACCGGGCCCAGCAAAUGCAGUAUAAAAAGUCUGCUGAAGAGUGGGAGAUUCUGGGGUCUCUUGCCGAGCGAUUACAGCACCGCGAUGAGGCUGUCGAGGCGUACCGAGCAUGCCUGUCUCUGCGCUUCAGCCCGCGCGCCCUUGCCGGGAUCCUUAGGAGCUAUCGAAAGCAAAAGGUGACGCGCGACACGAUCCAGGCCGUGAUCCGUCUGGUGGCCUGGCAGUAUCGGUGGUACAGCGAGUUCAGCCCGGAGCUACUGCACACGGUGCGGACACUGAUCGAGGAUGAGGGAGCUGUCAAGGUCAGGAGCAUUGUGCAGGCGACCAGUCUGCCGCAGAGUGUGCUGGAUCUCACACAUCACUACGCGGCGCUCUGUGCGACAUUUCGGAGCAGUGGGACAGACGGUUAG